AUGGUUAUGGGCGGUGCGCUGUUCCCAUGGCUGGCAUGGUUGCUCCUCUCCCUCGUCGGCAUCUACCUCCUCGGCCAUCUCGUGCACGGCCGUCGUCGCCGUGGUCUACCGCCAGGACCCCACCCACUGCCCGUCAUCGGCAGCCUCCACCUCCUCGGUAACCAGCCGCACCGCUCCCUCGCCAGGCUCGCCAAGGUCCACGGCCCGCUCAUGUCCCUCCGCCUGGGCGCGGUGACCACGGUGGUGGCCUCCUCUCCGGCCGCCGCUCGGGAGAUCCUGCAGCGGCACGACGCCGUCUUCAGCAACAGGUCCGUGCCGGACGCGCCCGGCGCGCACGCCAAGAACUCGUCGGUCUGGCUGCCCAACGCGCCGCGCUGGCGCGCGCUGCGGAAGAUCAUGGGCGCCGAGCUGUUCGCGCCGCACAGGCUGGACGCGCUCCAGCACCUCCGGCGCGACAAGGUGCAGGAGCUCGUGGACCACGUCGGGCGGCUGGCGUGCAAGGGGGAGGCCGUGAUUGUCGGCCGCGUCGCGUUCACCACCAGCCUGAACCUCGUCGCGCGCACCAUCUUCUCCCGCGACCUCACCAGCCUCGACGACGACGGCGGGUCCAGGGAGUUCCAGGAGGUGGUGACGGACAUCAUGGAGGCCGUGGGCAGCCCCAACGUGUCCGACUUCUUCCCGGCGCUCGCGCCCGCCGACCUGCAGGGCUGGCGCCGGCGGUUGGCAGGGCUGUUCGCGCGGCUGCACCGGAUCUUCGAUGAGGAGAUCGACGGGAGGCUGCGUGGCCGCGAGGCUGGCGAGCCCAAGAAGAACGACUUCCUCGACCUGCUGCUGGACGCCGCCGAGGACGACGACAACACGGCGGGGUUGGAUCGCGACACACUCCGUUCACUCUUCACGGAUUUGUUUUCUGCUGGGAGUGACACAAGCUCCAGCACAGUGGAAUGGGCAAUGACGGAGUUGCUUCGAAGCCCAACUUCAAUGGCUAAGGUCUGCGAUGAGCUUGCUACCGUCAUUGGCCCAAGAAAAAGCAUCCAAGAAUCUGAUAUUGGCCGGUUGCCCUACCUUCAAGCCGUGGUAAAAGAAACUUUCAGACUACAUCCUCCUGCUCCACUGUUGCUACCACGGCGUGCUCAGGCCGACGUAAAAAUCAUGGGGUACACGAUCCCAGAAGGCUCUCGUGUGUUCGUAAAUGUGUGGGCAAUGGGUCGAGACGAAGAGACGUGGCCUGAACCUGAGAAGUUUCUGCCCGAGAGGUUUCUGGGGAAGACGGUCGAUCUUAGAGGCGGGGACUUUGAUCUCAUCCCGUUCGGCGGAGGACGGCGGAUCUGCCCUGGAAUGCCGUUGGCGAUCAGGAUGGUGCAUCUGCUUCUUGCGUCGCUGUUGAAUCAGUUUACAUGGAGGCUUCCAGUUGAGGUUGGGAGAAAUGGAGUUGACAUGGCUGAGAAUUUUGGCGUGACAUUGACCAAGGCUGUGCCUCUUUGUGCCAUAGCUACUAGAAUUUGA